UUUCAACAUUCUGCACGAAUCGAAUUGUUACUACUCAACGAAACUCGCUAUGGGCGUCACUUUGUCUCGGCGUAGGAAUUUGAUAGGUAUAUUAUGGACAUCUUGUCACCCUUGGCGGCCCAGCCUAGCUCGAACGGGGUCGGAGAGUCUCCGCGUUGCAUGUUAUUACUCCUGAACUGACUGUUCCUGGCGGCUUCAUUCGCACCACAGGCUGCAUUGGGUCUCCAGUGACGAUUGGCAGUGAUUGAAUGGGAGAGGCCCCUCUUCCCCAAGGAACGAUAAAGACAGACGGCAUUCUUGAUUUUACCACGGGGAAUCUUACGGAUUAGUACUACUGGUGCGAUUUAUCGCAAGAACGCACCGGUUCAACGGCGGCAGGGGCUCAUUCCUGACUUCAACUGUCUCACAAAUUGUGAGCCAGAAGGCACCCUCAAACAUCAACUGUCUCAAGAUACUGCAACAACCGACAACCCCUGCGACGAACACCACCAUCAUCAUCCCAUCUGGUAACGCCCGCUAAAAUCAAGCUUGUCAGCAAGCGACCUGUGCUCGCCGUCGGGACCAAGUUCAUUGCUCUUGACUAUCUUUCCUCUUGGCCUCACUUCACUUCUCACAGCGCUGUUGAUCAGCGCGUGGCGCAACAUGAUUUCUCCUCUCUCCCCCACCGGCCUCUCUCUUCUUUUUCUCGCCACAACUGCGCAGGCCGCGUCUUCCAUAUCUCUGGGAGGCAAUUUUCAAGCACUACCGUUUGGAAUCACUGGUGAAUGUCGAACGAUAUACAACCGCCCGAUUGAGGGCUGCAGCGCACGAGAUUUUCAGGCCGGCGGCGCAUGUUCUGUAGGAUGCGUUGCAUCGCUCGAGAGCAUAUCCAGCACCCUCAAUACCGUCUGUCCUGGUGUCAUAGUUGACAGUCGCACGCUCCUUGGCCGUAUCUUCCAGAACAUGCUCAUCGCAUCCGUCUGUAACGGAGUCGAGGUGCCAACGCAGUCAGCGGCACCGACUGAAGUUGCUACAAAGCCGACGGAUACACCUGCGCCAGUAACGACGUCGCAAGAACCUCCGCAAAGUACAACUGUCGAGGAACCGACUACUACUACGUCUCAGGCACCAAAGUCCUCGGUUCUUGGAAUUGGCGAUCCCGAUCCAACAUCAGAAUCAACAUCAGAGUCAACGACAGUGUCCACACCACAGUCGACACCGGAGCCAACACCAGAGUCAACAACCUCCGAGGUACAGGCGCCACAGACUACAAAUUCGAAUAAGCAGGGCGAGCCUGGCCGAUCAAGAGAGCAGCAACAAAUCGACGCCAAUAGAUUCUCAGGUGGAGGGAGCCCAUUCGAUAACAUUGUUGCGGAUGGUGGAGCAGUACACCGACAAAGCGGUCUGAUGAUGAGCCUGGCUGGAGCGAUAUUGGCGGCGAUAAUACUGGUCUGAUAAGCUCAGUGUUAUUAUUCGGAGUUUUAAGGUUCUUUGGGCGUUCUUGGGUCGGAGUUGGAAAUACAAUCUACUGUAUAAUAACCAGAAGCCGAGGUCUAAUAGCGGUGCAUCAGCUUAUGCUGGUCGAUGGGUCUGGCGAGAAGGGAAAGCACUGAGGGGUACCCUGGGGUAUGAAAACACUUCCUGGCAUGUUACGAGUAUAUGAGGAAAAGAGUAUUUGUCGGAGAGACGUGUAAAUAGCUGGAUUUGUCAAGUAGCUGUGCUCGGAUAUUAAAAUUAAAAUAAUA